AUGACGCAACUUUUGGACAGCAAUGAGCAUGCGCAAAUAAAUCCCGUGACUCGCUGGAAGGUUUUGGAAGGAAGGCAAAACGAUUUUGCAGGAACGUGCCUCAGAUUGAAGGGAUUUUUUCACCGCUUGCAGCCAGAACCAUACAUUAUGAACAGCGCACAGACUAACGUGUUGCCAUCUGGAUCUCGACCGAUUCCUUCUAGACGAAUUGUGGUUAACGAUCCGGGGCAAAUGCCUAUGGACUAUUCUACGACCCCGGGAGGAACCAUAUUCUCUACGACUCCAGGCGGUAUGUUGAACGUGUUUUGGGCUUAAAGUGUUUACUGUGAUAAAAGUAAUAGUUAAAAGCGUUAAGAAGCUAUUCACUUUGCUAUCUUAAGUUUUUUGUAAGCUUCAAGUCUUCGAGUGUGUUGUGGCCUACCGGUUAAUUUACGCUUGCGUAGGCUAAACGAGGAGAACGUCGUGUUGAUUAUACACGUUCUCGUUUCGAGUAUAAUUUUAACCGAUCACAGGCAAAAUAAGCAAUCAUACUUCAUCGUAACCUGUGUUUCGACUGUUCAUCUUAAUGUUUUUGUGUUGCCUGUAAUGAAAACUCAUAUUGGUGGUCUUGUACAUUGUUUUGCUGUGAAAGUACAAAGCCUUGCUCAGCAAGUUUCGUUUUGUCCAGACGUGCAGUUAGCGAACUCUCGCAUCAAAUGUGGUUGAAUAUUACCACUGUUUGCUCGUUUAUUUCAAUCCUUGGUGUUAACACUAUCGCUUAUAGUUCGGUUGCAUUUCACUGUGCAUACAGUUACUUGAAAAAAGUACAAAUGUAGAUAUCGUUGUGAAGGCAUAGGCCCACAAACAAAAGCAAAGAUGUGUCGUCAUAGCUUUUUGGAGCUUGUGGAAAUAAUGUCGAUAGGGUAAAGCUUUUGCUUCAGGAAUUGCAAUGCAUUCCUGUUUUUCGCGAAGGGAGUCUAAGAAUAAUCGUUGCUGUGGCUUGCUUUGAGGUUGAUAACUUUUGUAAAAAUUUCCAGUGUUUACGUUUGGCGUAUUGUUUUUGUGAUGGCGAUAUAAACAAUUCCCACGUGUUUUGUUUAUGGUCGAUGUGUUUUUAUUAUAUAUUCAAUUAAGUGAUGAGCUUUUUUCUAAAAUUGGUUCCAGGAACUGCACAUUUUUUGCGAUGAUUUUCUCAAGUGCCUCAAGUUAUUCCGAGAUUUCGUAUUUUGGUAGACUUCUUUAAUUUGCUGAUGAUUUAGUAUUCCUUUAUAUGACUAAAGUAAAAAAUAAAAUAAGCUGAAGUAUUGAAAUGUGCAUGAAGCUAUGUAUACUAAGCUGUAUUUUUAGCUUCUAAAUACACUGUUUUAUUGUGAGGUUCAUGAAACUCUUCUAAAAAAGAUUUACAUGUAAUGAGAUUUUAAUGGUAAUUUAAUUUUCAGAUCAUACCCUUAUCAGUGAGUUUCCCUCCUAAGUUAACCAUGCAGUGGUUUAACUUCAAAUUUUAUUGAAAUCAUGCAUUUAGUCGUUUACCUGCAGUGAAAAAUGUACAUGUACCUGUGAAUUGGCUUGGGUUAUUCAAGGAAAUCUCUGUAAUCAAAGUUAGGAAAUUAUUUUUGUUGUAGGUCAGUGGCACUCGAAAUCUAUGACCUAAGACCGUGAAAAAAAAAACUGUGUGAAAACAGCAUCUCCUUACAAGCUGUUUAAGGUGCUUUUGUAAUCAAAGAGUGAAAUAAAAAUAAUAAAGUCAAACUAGGUCAGUUUUAGCCAUUUUGAAAAACCGAAAUCUACCACACCACAUGCACAAAAGGUUGGCAAAGCCAGGGGUACAUACGUGUAAUGCUUCAGCCGGAUAACCGUUGAUAUCGAAGCAACCUUUAGUACAGGGAGAGUAUGGUAAUAUUAGAAUUGAAAUGGUUCAUGGAUUGUGGUGUUGAUUCUGAACGUUUUUAUGGGGGUAACUCUUUAUGAGGCUAAUUGACGAUGAGCUUUUAUGAAUUGAACUCGGUUUCUCACGUGGUGAAGUAGUUUGGGGCAAACUCGUUAUUGGCAAAACCACUGGCUUCCAGUGAUUUAAGUGCAAUGAUUUUCACAAAUUUACCAAGUUAUUGUGACCUUUAAUCUCUUUAUGUCAACCCUGAAUUGUUUUGUAUUGCAUACCAACAAACAAAAUACUCUUAACCUCUUUACCACUAUGUGCUGGUUUUCUGGGGAAAUCAAAAAGUGUGUGCAACAGUGCACACCAGUUUUCCAGCAAAACAAAGCAGCUCUGUUUGUUAAGGAAUUACUGGGCCUUACUUUCUAUUUAUGGAAAGCCAAUUUAUGCAAGUAACAAAUUUAACAUUGUGCGGUAAGAUGUGCAACAUUUUUGCUGGUUUUGGGAACAUUUUCAGUCAUUGUUUUGGUUUUUUGGUUAUUGUAGAAUUCCCAUUGUAAUGAUGUACUUCUUAAAUAACUGCAUGGUUUGCAGUACGUGCAAGUUCCAUACCUUAUAUGCCAGUUUUUUUCUGAAAAAUUGCAAUUUUUAAAACUGCCAGUGUCCUAGGCACUUUGUCUUCAGAGCAGCUGGUGUUAGUCUGAAACUAAGUUGAGUAUUACUCUAGGCAAAAUAUGCUGUGUAGAAAUCACAUUGACCUUUCGUGUUGUACCAUGUAUCAUGCUGGAAAUUAGGUACAGAUGUAACCUUUUAUUUUGCCCUUUUGGAAGGUCUGUCUGUAAGAAUGUAAAUGGUGGAAACUGCGGUUAAUUCUUUUUUAAAAUUACACUGAAAGUUGAGAACAUCUGUGGUUUAUUUCCAGUAAAGUUUCUUGGAAGGAAGAGAGAAAAUAGUGCCCUUGAGGUACUUUUUCCUCCACAUGUAUCCAAUUGCUUUUGUAACCAUUGCAUGUAGCUCAUGACCUAUGAGUACUGAUGGAUUUUUGUACAUUGGCUGAUGUAAAACUAAAACCCCUUUAGAUUUAUGUUUGCAAUUUAUUUAGUGUUCAUCUUUGUUUGUCUCACUUUAUAGGAACACGCAUUAUAUAUGAGCGCAAGUUUCUUCUGGAUUUACGUAACUCGCCACUGUCCCGUACUCCUCCACGGAAUCUUCCUCUUAUUCCAGGUGUUACUUGUGAUGAAAAGGUAAAACCUGAGAGCCCUUUGAAGGACAAUGGUGUGGUCACCACAGAACCAGAGAAUGACAAAAAUGACCAUGGUAAGAAGCUAAGUUGAAUGUACAGCUGUACCUGGUAGUAAGGGAAGAGUUUUUUGCUUUACAUAAAGGCAUCUUUCUGCAUUUUGACCCUAGCAAAUUGCAAGAAAAUCAAAUUUAUAUUUUGGGUAAAAUCUCAAGAAAUAAGUAUGCUGUACAUGUAGUAGUAGGUACAUGUAAGCCUAUUGCCAAAGAGGCUUGUAGGGUUUUGUCCACGGGGAUAAUGAAAGGUGACAAAUAAUUUUGCAAUGACUUGGUACAUGAGUGAAGGAAUAUUAAACGAGGUUUUAUUUAAUUAACAAUACAUAACAAACUUUGACUCUUGAUGACUUCUGCACAGGCGGUCAAAUCAUUGGUCACUACAGUGACUGCUGUUGAGGGCUACAGCAUCCCUAUGAACCACUACUUAACAUUAAAUUGGGCUGUCACUAAGAUUUCUAGGUACUUAGUAAAUACAACAAGUAGUAGUUAGGGUUCUAUAAUUAAGUUUUAUCUUCUAUUUUCCCAUGAAAGUAGCUGGGUCAUGUUCAUGCAUGUGCAGUGUAGUAGCCAGGGGAAAUCCGUGGUCCUCAGCCCUUACUGAGGGUCCUGAUGAAAAUAAUGCUGUUAUAAAUAGACAAUGUUACAUGGCCGCGCAAAGAUACGAAAUUUCUCUUCGGGUACAUUAUACUUUGAGUGCCUUGAUAAAGACCAGUAGGGAAAUAUCUAUCAAAUGAUGCUACUGGAAAAAGUGCUGUAAAAUAUUUAUUAUUUCAGUUACCAAGUUUAAAGAUGAUAUGUCCAAAGAGGGCAAAGAUAUUGCUCAUUAAGGCACACAGUUUUACUUUUCUUUGUAUGGUGGGGUGCACAAACUUUCACCCCAUCAUAUAAACAUCUGUAAAAUUUAGUGACAUUCAGAGCUAUGUCUUCUUAAUUUCACUGAUAAAAUUAUUCUGGAACAUGUACAUGUACAUCUACCUUGUGUCCAUAAUAUUUGUCCACAACUUGUUUAUUAUUGUUUAUUUUGUAAUUUUCUUUCACCAGCAGAACAGGAAGAACCACAAUUUGAGAUGGACAUCUGA